AUGAAUACACAAUGUGGAAAUGAUCAAGACAAUGAUGCACUAAUAGGCAAAGCACAAAUUGCCCGAUACCUAUUCGGAACUUUUGACGCCAUGGCUAUACGAUGUUGCAUAGAGCUCGGUAUUCCUGACAUAAUAAACAACCACAAUCGCCCAACCACAUUGUCAGAAAUUGCUACUGGUAUCAACUCUUCCUCAGUAAAUCUUGAUGGGCUUGGACGACUCAUGAAGUUCUUAGUCCAUAGAAAGAUGUUUGAUGAAAUACCUCAAAAAGAUGAUGGAGAAGGAGAAACAGUUUACUCGCUGAACCACUACUCUAAUUGGCUUGUAAGCCACACAAAUGUGACAAUGGCACCCUUGGUUAUGUUUUUUACUGAUCCGUUUAUGCUUUCACCUCUUCGCAACCUAAGUCGCUCAAUUAAAGAAGGUGAUUCAGCAUUUAAAAUAACUCACGGAGACGACAUAUUUGAUUUUUCAUUGAUCAAUUCGGAGUUCAACAAAAUGUUCAAUGAGGCUAUGGCAUGUACUACUAAGUUCACCCUGGAUGUCAUCAUAUCGAAUUACAAAAAUGGUUUUCUUGGGAUGAAAGGAAGUGUCGUGGAUGUUGGAGGUGGUACUGGUGUUGCAAUAUCUGAGAUUGUGAAGGCGUAUCCACAUCUUAAGGGGAUCAACUUUGAUUUGCCACAAGUGAUUUCCAAUGCACCAAAGUAUGAUGGGGUUACUCAUGUUGCUGGCGACAUGUUUAAAGUCAUUCCUCCUGCAGAAACCAUCUUCAUGAAGUGGAUAUUGCACAACUGGAGCAAUGAUGACUGUGUUAAGAUACUAAAAAAUUGCCGAAAAGCGAUACCUACGGAUAUUGGAAAAGUCAUUAUCGUGGAGAUCGUUCAACAGUACUCUGGACAACAUGAUCUGCUCAACGAUGUACGCGUUCCAUUUGAUCUAACCAUGUUUGCAUACUUUUCUAGGGGAAGAGAACGAACAGAAGGCGAAUGGAAGAAAUUACUUGAGGAAGGUGGCUUUCAACGUUACAAGAUUAUUUAUAUUCCCGAGAUUGUAUCAAUUAUUGAAGCCUUUCCAAUAUGA